UGUAAAUAUCAAAUAAAUCGUAUUCCAUAACUCAAUUUCUAUUAGUGUGAAACCAACUCAAUUCAUUACUCUGGGUAUUGACAUCGUUAUUUUGCCUUCCAGGGAAGUGAAACCGACGCAAUGGCAAAGUCAAAGAAUCACACAAAUCACAACCAGAACCGCAAGGCUCACAGAAAUGGCAUCAAGAAGCCUACGAAGUUCAGGCACGAAUCUACCCUUGGUAUGGACCCCAAGUUCUUGAGAAACCAGCGGUUUUGUAAGAAGGGUAACUUGAAACCUGCCAAGCAACUCGCUCGUGCUGCCGAGAGGAAAGCUACACGGGAAGCUAAGGCUAAGAAAUGAACAUUAAGUUUUAAGACAAUAAAAAUGUAAAAAAAUUAAAACUUUAAUUUU